UCUUCCCCACUCUUCUCCUCUCCCCCCUCGCGCCCACAGCGUUUGGUGUUGAUUCGAGCGGGAAGAGGGGGGUGGGUGGGAUCGGAGGGGGAGACCAUGACCUCCAGCUACGGGCACGUUCUGGAGCGGCAACCGGCGCUGGGCGGCCGCUUGGACAGCCCGGGCAACCUCGACACCCUGCAGGCGAAAAAGAACUUCUCCGUCAGUCACCUGCUAGACCUGGAGGAAGCCGGGGACAUGGUGGCGGCGCAGGCGGACGAGAGCGUGGGCGAGGCCGGCCGGAGCCUACUGGAGUCGCCGGGACUCACCAGCGGCAGCGACACCCCGCAACAGGACAAUGAUCAACUGAACUCAGAGGAAAAGAAAAAGAGAAAGCAGCGGAGGAACAGGACAACCUUCAACAGCAGCCAGCUGCAGGCUUUGGAGCGUGUCUUUGAGCGGACACACUACCCGGAUGCUUUUGUGCGAGAAGACCUCGCCCGCCGGGUGAACCUCACCGAGGCCAGAGUGCAGGUGUGGUUUCAGAACCGAAGAGCCAAAUUCCGCAGGAAUGAGAGAGCCAUGCUGGCCAAUAAAAACGCUUCCCUCCUCAAAUCCUACUCAGGAGAUGUGACUGCUGUGGAGCAGCCCAUCGUACCUCGUCCUGCUCCAAGACCCACUGAUUAUCUCUCCUGGGGGACGGCCUCUCCGUACAGCGCCAUGGCUACUUAUUCUGCCACAUGUGCCAACAAUAGCCCUGCACAGGGCAUCAACAUGGCCAACAGCAUUGCCAACCUGAGACUGAAGGCCAAGGAAUAUAGUUUACAGAGGAACCAGGUGCCAACAGUCAACUGAGGAAAAAAAUAAUUAAACAGGCCUAAGAAGAAAUCAAAAUCCAUAAGACACCUAUCCUGCUCUGUCAUUUCUACAUCUGCUGGAAAAAAAUAAAAACAAACAAACAAACAAACACAGAACUAAACUAUUGGGACCAUGGCAGAGAAAAGCAGGAGAGGAGCAAAAUGAAAAUUAGUUAACAAAUGUUCCUCCUCCCUCUGGGAUACCACCACCACUUGUUUCUGUGUGUGUUAAUUUUGUUUUUCCUUCUAUUCAUAUGCUUUGCUUGAUAUACUCUGAGCUUCUUCAGUUAAGUUCAGCCCACCCACCCCCAUGAUUGUAUGGGUUUUAAAAGAAUCUACAGCAGCCAAAGAAACCAUAUAUGUAUAUAUAUUCAGAAUAAUUGCCUAUAGUCUCCUCAUUGACCUGUUUGAACCUCAGUGUCUUACACUAUCCUUCUUCCUAGUUCUCUGUACAGAAGCUCUAGGAACUUCUGAAAAGCCAAAGUCUUUCUGAAGAAUCUGUGCCAGACAUAAUUCCCUUUCUCAUUGUCUCCAUCUCUGUUGGUCAUGGUAAGCUUGUUCCAUCAGCUACUGGAAAGAAAAAGCAAUUGUAUACAACAUCUGGUCACUGGCCUGUCUGAUCCAGUGUGAUUGGCUAUGUCUGGCUAAUUCUAAGCUCUAAAUUCUAGAUCUAAGCUCUAGAUUUAAGCUGUAAACUAUAGAGGAUAAUAUUACCAUCACUACCACCCCUCACCCCUAUCCAAUCAAUCAGCCAUCCUAAGUUAAAGAUAUUUGUUGUUUCUUGAAUAAUUUGCUGUCAUAGGCUAUUUGAUAGAAGACAUAUUUUUCACUUGAGAGAGGGAGAGACAUUUCUCUAGGAAAACAAAGACUAAGUUGUGAAAGGCAUGGCCUAUAUCUCUUUGGUGCCUUAAGGGUAGUCAGAUGCACACUUAUAUAUAUACUGUAUAUAUUUAUAUAUUAUAUAUAUAUAAAAUAUUCUUGCAAGCUUGAGUUUGCAGUUUCUCAAACACUACAAAGAGCAAAUUUCACACCGUCACCAGUGUCUUUAUUUCUACAGUGAUAAGACUUUUUAUUAGGGAUCUCAUUUCCUUUCUUUCUCUACACAAAAUUCUCAUUACAGCCAGAGCAAUUGAUAGGGCAGCUGUUUGAAAACAGGUCUAAUUUUCACAUUAGGGUUUUAAAUAAAUUAGAAACUAUUUGAGGCUAUGAAAAUGUCCUUGAAUUUGGCAUCUGAACUCUGGUGGAAUGCUGAUACAUUCUGAUCGAUCAUGAGAAUUACACUUAGAAGAGGGAAAGCCGUUUAGUCAUCUGUCCUUUUUCCACUCAACAGAAAUCUGAAAGAUACAUCUUUAAGUGGAAUACUUAAAGGUUUAUCUAAAUUCUAAAAAUUUAAAAGACAAUUGUGGGCUAUUUUUAUCUUCUAAUAUAUUGAAAUAAAGUUUCGUAUCUAGGGCUAGGAGCCAGGACUGACCUUUUCUUUGUUUCUUUCUCUUUGUUUCCACCCGUGCUUUUGUAACUUGUCAGGUAAACUUGACCAAACCAUGUUACCAUGCUGUGCCUUGGUUUACCUUUUUUGUAAAAUGGGUUUAACAAUACUUACCUACCUCACAGGGGUGUUGUGAGGCUCUAAUCAUUUGCUUCUUCAUUCUUUCCUGUAUUCUCUGUAUGUCCAGAGCUUUGUAGCCAUGGGAGGAAAGGGAAUAUAAAAGUAUACCAUGUUAAUAGAAGGCUGCUGUACCCAGAAGCCUCAUUUUCUAGCAAGGAAAUGUUACCUUGCUGUAACUACUUAUAACCUUGUAUUUGGAAAUGAGAAAUAGGCUUAUAUUUGCAGACCUCUCAAAAAAAUAACAUAAUUUGACCAAAGAAUAAUUUAAGACACACAGAACAGACAUAUCUUUGACUUAUGUUUUCAUCCUGACCAAUUUGGAUUUCUAAUAAUUUUUAUCAGUAAUUUGAAAAUAUUUAGAUUGAUUUUGGCCAACUCUGAGUGACAGGCAAGGAUUUGGGAUUUAAGAUGCACUUUCAGUACAGAUUUAUUAUUUUCCCUGGCAUAUCAGAUUAAGCUAAUGGUGGUAUUUUUUCAGUCAAACAGCCACCAAUCUGAAAAUGUAUUUCCUAUGUUGAUUCUGAACAUCUUUUAUUAAGAAGGAAGCCCAUCUUAUGCAUUUUGCUUUCAUCAGCUGAUUCCCUCUUCUUUUAACAUACAAUUAAAACAUUUCUUACUAAAUGGUUUAUGUAGGCUGGCUGAACAACACACAUUACUUGCUUCCUAAAGUAUUCUUCAACUAAUUCUUUUGUCCCACUAGCUGCUGCAGAUUAUCAAGUUUCAAAGGAACAGUGUAUCCUAACAGAUUAAAACAUUCUUUGUGAAAUGAGUGCAGCCCAAGAAAUUGGUGAACUUUUGGAGUUUGGGGAGAACAGCUAAAAGAGGAUUUCGGUUAUAUAGUGCAGGGAAGAGACAUCAUAGGUGAAAAGAUUUUGCUAAAAAGGGGGAAAUCCUAGAAGAGGGAGUAAAGGGAUAGAGGAUCAUGUAAAACAAGGUCAUUUGAAUCUUGCAUCCUGACAUUCAUUUCCAGUGGUGAAGAGAAAAGCCUGAACCCAUAAUCCCAGUGCUGGAUGACAUUAGGCAAUUUUACCCAACACCUGGGCAAGUGCUGUCCAGGAAUAUGAUAGGGUAAUCAAUGCUGUCUGCCACAGGAGCUUUUAUUGCUAAUGAAUCAAUACCACAGAUAUCUGUUAUGUAAGCAUCUGAUGGAGAAAUGUGCACAGGGUACAAGCACUCAAUUUUGUUCAUUCAUUAUUGAUUAAAAAAAUAGAAGUUUGAUAUGUGAUUUGGAGGAGUAGCCUUCUGGCUCCUAAACCAGAUGUCAACAGAGGGCCUCAGGGACACAAAAUUCAAAGGCAUAUCCCUGUUCUUUAUCAUCUAUACCCAGAUAACAGAUGAAUACAUACAAACUAUCUGUCUGUGUCCCCAGUCCCCCCGCC